AUGGCUGCCACUAGCUCUAAUUUCACAUUGAUUCUUGCAGCCCUUUUCUUGUUGGGGACUUGGGCAUCUCAAGCCACGACCCAUACCCGCGAAGAAGCUUCCAUGCUCAAGCGCCACGAAGACUGGAUGAUUCGUUAUGGGCGUUCAUACAAAGAUAAUGCUGAGAAGGCAAAACGAUUUCAAAUCUUCAAAGAAAAUGUGGAGUUUAUUGAGUCAUUCAAUAAGGCUAGCACCCUGUCUUACAAACUUGGCAUUAAUCAGUUUACCGAUUUAACAAAUGAGGAGUUUAGGGCCACCAUGCUUAAUGAAGAGAAGCCACCCCCACUCCCUAAGCCAUCAAAACCAGUUUCCAUUCAAAAUGAGAGUUUGGCUCAACUUCAAAACCAAUAUUUGGACUGGAGAGAGAUGGGUGCUGUGACUGAUAUCAAAGACCAAGGACCAACCUGCGGUAGUUGCUGGGCAUUUUCAGUGGUGGCGACCAUAGAAGGAAUAAACAAAAUCAGAACCGGCCAAUUAAUAUCCUUGUCGGAACAGCAACUCAUCGACUGCGACGUCAAAAACUACGGCUGCGACGGCGGAAACGUAGAUGAGGCGUUCCGAUACAUAAUAGGCAACAGCGGCGGCGUCGCGGCGGAAUCGAACUACCCGUACGACGGCGUUCAGCACAGCUGCGACACAAAAAGGAUUGGCAACCCACCCGCCACCAUCACAGGCUACCAACAAGCGUAUCCCGACGAAAUCGCUCUCCAAUCGGCCGUCACAGACCAGCCUGUCUCCGUCGCAAUCACUAUAGAUCCCCAACUGUUCAGGCAAUACGCGGGCGGAGUUUUCACUGGCUACAACGGCGGCGGCGACUGUGGGUCCGAAGGCUCCCACGCUGUGACGAUCAUUGGGUACGGGACGAGCGAUGAGGGAAAGGAUUAUUGGUUGGUGAAGAAUUCAUGGGGAACAGAUUGGGGUGAGAAUGGUUAUGCGAGGAUGGCAAGAGGAAUAAGUGGCGCGGGAGUUUGUGGCAUUAACUUGGCGGCUUAUUACCCGACUGCUUAA